CUGCACGGCUGGGAGAUCGUGGACAGCGCGGCGCGUCUCGGCGUGAUGAACCUGUACCUCCACGGCAUCGGCGGCGACCGCACCAACAUCGUGGUGGACGACAGCCUGCGCGCGCCGCCCAGCGACCACUACGACAUGGUGCUGACCAAUCCGCCCUUCGGCCGCACGUCCACGCUGACCUACGUCAACGCCGCGGGCAAGACGGAGCGGCAGAGCCUGACGGUGGAGCGUCCCGAUUUCUGGGCCACCACCAGCAACCGGCAACUGAGCUUCCUGCAGCACGUCCGCACGCUGCUGAAAAUCAACGGCAGCGCGGCCAUCGUCCUGCCCGACAACGUGCUGUUCGAGGGCGGCGCCGGCGAGACCAUCCGCCGCCGUCUAUUGCAGGAGUGCGACGCGCAUACCCUGCUGCGGCUGCCCACCGGCGUGUUCUACGCCCAGGGGGUCAAGGCCAACGUGCUGUUCUUCGACCGCAAGCCGGCCAGCGAGACGCCGUGGACGCGGGAGCUGUGGAUCUACGACCUGCGCACCAACCGGCGCUUCACCCUGAAAACCAACCCGCUAGACCCGCGCGCACCUGGACGACUUCGUGUCCUGCUACCACGCCGACGACCGCACGCAACGCGCAGAGACCGAACGGUUCCACCGCUUCACCUACGAAGACUAACCCAGCGGGACAAGGCCAACCUGGACAUCUUCUGGCUCCGCGACGAAAGCCUCGAAGACUCCGAAAACUGCCCGCCGCCCAACCAGAUCGCCGAAGAGAUCAUGGAAGACCUACGGGCCGCGCUGGAACAGCUGGAGGAGAUCGCGGGGGAUUUGGGGGCGGGAGAAGAUACUACGGCUGCCGCAAGGGAUUGA